GGAGAGAAGGGUUGAGAGUGUGAUGAUGAUAGAAAUAUUUAUAGGAAUAAAAUUGUUACUGCACUCCGAUACAGACACGCACUUGGGAGUCGGAGCCUCGUCCAAUAAUCGUCGCCGGCGUUCGGAAUAAGGAUGGCCAUGAGAGGAUUGUUCCGCGCCAUCACGCGCCAGUUAGAUCGAGCGUUCGAGGUCAAAGCCUACGAAGGGAUGGUUGGUACGAGAACCGGAGCCUACCGUGCGAAGCCCGAAAUCAUGAGUUUCCCUCUCACAAAGGUAUUCCUCGUCGUCGUUCCCGGGGUGACUAUCGGCGCAUCCCUAUCCAAAUAUAGCGCUGCUUUCCUGGAGGAACAUGACAUCUUCGUGCCUUCGGACGAUGAUGACGACUGAGAACCCCACCAUCCGCAGUCAAGUCUUCUUCCUCAUUGGGGCGCUCCGAACCCCCCGAGAAUCUCUCAGAGAUGAUCUCGCGUUAGUUUCCGAAAUUUACCCUUACCGGGAGUCCGCUGCGCCGUGGGUGUGGAUUAUUGGGAGCUGAUGACGAGACUACCGUCUAGUCACAUCGUUAAACUCACCGGAUUUUCCUGUGUAUUGAAGUUCUAGUCCUUGUUCGUUUUGUUCUCCGGUCGUGCUUGCCUUCCGAUUGUUGAGUGUCGGUGGGAGUCGUUCUGAGAUUCGUCAAUUUCAGCGAAUAAAUUGCUUAUUGAGCUCUACGAUGAAGCUUGAGUUGUACUUCCAC